CGGGCGGGAAUAAAAGGGUGGGAAGAAGACGACCGGUCACUGCAAUGGCUACGACGGCGAUGAACAAACCUAAAAUUGAACAAGGGGAAGAAGUAGAAACAGAAGUGAGAGCGUUCUCGACUCAAAUCCCAGAUGAUAGAGAAGCUCUUUUAGAGUUCAUGGACCAGCGUGCCAAAUCAAUCCAACGCCUUAAAGACCAGAUUUCAAGCUUCGACAGGAAGCUUGCUGAAGAGAGAAAACUAAUGGCAGAUGCGGAGGCAAAAUUUUUACAAAUUGAUCGUGGUGAAAAUGGUACCUUUUCUAAGUCAAAACCAAAAGUGCCUGGUAAAACUGGAAGUAUACUUGGUAUAGCUGAGUUCUGGACCGAGGGAAAUAAGGCAAAGACUGCCAAUGAAAACUCUACUCCACAAUCACGUAGUGAGAUGGAAUCCUUGAAAAUGCCAUCCAUUAUCUUACCCCCUUCUUUCAAACGAAGAGCUUCUGCUCCUGUCAGAGCAGAAGUAAAUGAGACCACCCAAGCUCAACCCAUGGCUACAAGGGAUUAUAACAUUUCAAAGGAAGACACAAGUGGCCCCGAGCCCAAGAGACCUCGUAGUAUUCCUGAUGAAGUGGUAAGGGAAACCCAAGGUCGAGAUAAGGAAGCUCAACCCAUGGCUGCGAAGCCUACGAUGGAUUAUAAUGUUCCAAAAGAAGAUAAAAGUGUUCCUGAGGCCAAGAGUUCUCGUAGUAUCCCUAAUGAAGUGGUAAGGGAAUCCCAAGGUCGCGAUAACGUAGCUCAACCCAUGGAUACAAGGGAUUAUUAUGUCCCAAAGGAAGACAAAAGUGGUCUUGAGGCCAAGAGAUCUCAUAGUAUUCCUAAUGAAGUGGUGUGGGAAACUCAAGCUCAAGCUCGAGAUAACCACACUAAUAAGGAUUUUGCAAAGCCGAGGAUCAGAGUUUCUUCUAACAUAUCCCAACAAGGACAACAGGAAAAAGCUGAAUUCCGAGGACAUGAUGAGUUGAUAGCACUUAUAGGUAGAAGCUCUUUGCGUCCCACAAUUGAAGGUCGUACUGUAGGUAUGCUACCAAGUUGCCACACGAAAAGAAUGAGAAGUCUUGCUCUUUCUCCUUCAAACCGUGAGCUAUUUGCUACAAGUGCAUUGGAUGGGGCGGUUCAUUUCUGGAAGCUUCAGUCUGAUAGGUCCACAGCUACUCUAUUUAAGACGGUUAAUCGGGUAGCAAUAAAUCAGAAGAAAUGGGCAGAAGAUAUAGCUUGGCAUCCACACAAGAGUGCACUUUUUUCUGCGUAUACUGCAGAUGAAGGUCACCCUCAGAUAUCAGCCAUAUAUCUGAAUGAAGCUGGAGAGAGUUGUAAGUCACAAUUUCUGGAGGGCAGGCCUCAUAGCAAAGGUCUAAUCAACAGAAUCAUGUUUACGCCUUGGGAUGAUCCUUGUUUCAUCACAGGUGGGAGUGACCAUGCAGUAGUGUUAUGGCGGGAUCAAUGUGAGAAUAAUGCGUGGAAGCCAACACUUCUGCAUAUGGACUUGCACUCAUCGGCUGUGAUGGGAGUUACUGGAAUGCGCCAUAAAAAUCUCGUCUUGUCAUGUGGAGACGAUAGGAGAUUUGUUGGGUUUGAUGCCCGAGAAGAAAAAGUCACAUUCAAACAUAGACUAGACAACAGAUGCACAAAUAUACUGCCAAACCCACGAGAUGUUAAUCUUGUCAUGGUUCACACAAGGCAGCUAGACCGGCAACUACGGUUGUAUGAUGUUAGAUUGCCUCAGACGGAGCUAUUUUCUUUUGGGUGGAAGCAAGAAAGCAGUGAAUCACAGUCGGCUCUAAUUAAUCAGUCUUGGUCUCCAGAUGGUUUACACAUCUCAUCUGGUUCUGCAGACCCUGUGAUCCACAUCUUUGAUAUCCGCUACAAUGCACCAAGCCCAUCUCUCUCGAUGAAAGCUCAUAAGAAAAGAGUGUUUAAAGCCGAAUGGCACUCUUCUUAUCCACUGCUCGUCUCCAUCUCAUCAGAUUUAGCAAUUGGGAUUCACAAGCUAUGGUUCCGUUCGUUCAUGGCUUCACCGGAGGAGAUUGAUGAUUCAUCAGAUAUUCCAUCUCCGCCAAAGAACACUUACAAGGAUCCCGACGGUGGAAGACAACGAUUCUUACUCGAACUUGAAUUCAUUCAAUGUCUCGCCAAUCCUACUUACAUCCACUACCUGGCACAGAAUCGGUAUUUUGAAGAUGAAGCAUUUAUUGGAUACUUGAAGUAUCUUCAAUACUGGCAGCGACCUGAAUACAUUAAGUUCAUCAUGUACCCACACUGCUUAUAUUUCCUUGAACUUCUUCAAAACCCCAACUUCAGGACUGCUAUGGCCCAUCCUGCAAACAAGGAAUUGGCACAUAGACAACAGUUCUACUAUUGGAAGAACUAUAGAAACAACAGGCUGAAGCACAUUCUACCUCGGCCACUUCCAGAGCCUAUAGCUCCACAACCACCAGUUGCACCUUCAACUUCUUUGCCACCUGCUCCAUCUGCAGCUGCUGCUCUCUCUCCAGCCCUUUCUCCUAUGCAGUACAAUAAUAUGCUUUCUAAGAAUGACACGAGGAAUAUGGGUGCUGCUGGAAUUGAUCGUAGGAAGAGAAAGAAGGGUACAUAAGCAUUUCUUGCCCUGAAGCACACACCAUGGCUCCAGAUAUGCUUUCUUGCGUUUCGUAGAGAGGGAAGCCUACUUGAAAUAGGUUACAGAAAUGUUGGAAACUCGGUAUAUUCAUUCCGUGUCAUCCGUAGCGGGAAGUUGCCAUAGAUGGUGUUCAAUCUUUGUCUAUGAUUUAGUCUUUCUCUUUAUUUCUUUGGGAGUAGAGAUGAAUGUUAUUCUACCUGUCAUCUUUAAGUGAAUGGUGGUUUUAAGAGUGGUUCAGUCUGUUACAAUCCAAAUGAUUCUUUCUGCUCUGAAGCUGGGGAUCUCAUGGUCCUACUUCUGCUGACGUUUAACCGUUGAUCACCAUAUUGGUUCGGUAUUGUAGGAUUGUUCCAACUCAUGCACAAUAAAUUACACAGAGUGGA